AUGUUAGCCCAAAGACCAAUAAGAAUAGUUGGUGGAAAAAAUGCAGAAAAAGGAUUAUAUCCCUGGCAACUGUCCAUUCAUUGGGGUGAUCCUUUACGUAAAUUACCACCAAGACACGUAUGCGGUGGAAGUUUGUUAACAGCAGGCUGGGUGUUAACAGCUGGCCACUGUAAAACUUUGGCACCGAAAAGAGGAGAAUUUCUUAUUUUAGCUGGUAAACAUAAGUUGGGUGUUUUAGAAGAUACUGAACAAAGUAGGAAGGUUGUUGAAAUAUUUGUCUAUCCUUUAUACAACGGAUCCGUAGCACCGUACGAUAUAGCAUUGAUGAAAUUGGAAUCACCAUUCGAAUUGAAUCCAUUCGUAUCAACGGUUCUACUACCAUAUCCAGAAACUAUUCCCGAAGGUGAAGCCAUAUUAACUGGAUGGGGUAGCAUCGGUAGAACGAAAUUACCCGAAAAUCCAGAAAUUCUUCAAUCCGCUAUGUUACCUAUCUUAAAUUACGAUUUAUGUAAACGUACGUUGGACAAAAGUUUACGUCACGAGGGUAGGAAUCCUUUGCAUCCUUCGAAUAUUUGUACAGGACCAUUGGAUGGUAGUUUAUCAGCUUGCAAGGGAGAUUCAGGAGGACCAUUGGUAUCGCUAAACGCAUUUGGCCAAGCAGAAAUAAUUGGGAUAGUUUCAUGGGGUCUUUUCCCAUGUGGCGGUAAAAAUGCACCAUCGGUUUACACUAGAGUAUCUGCUUACAUCACUUGGAUUACCUGGUUGAUGUUGAAUCAUUAA